AUGCCUACGCCUACACUUGCUGCUGUGGCGCCGAUCGUCUCGACCUGCUGUACCCGACCACCUGGACCGGUGGGGACGGGGGGCGUCGUCUGCCUGCUCCGCUUCGUCAUUCGGCAUCCAAGACACUCACACGGCUUUGGCAUCUUCGAGCCUUGCACCUUCAAGCUCUCGCGCCUGGCCCAACAGCACAAUCGCCUGCUGCCGUCUCGCCUGCAACGCACCAGCCUCACCCCGACCGCCUCUCAACCACCCCAGCGGGUGCCCACUCCAAUCGCCAGCCCUGUCGGCGCCACUGGCCUUGCCUGGAGCGGCUACCUAUCGAUGGCAAUACCCCAGCAUGAACCUAUGUACGUCCGGCCCUCGCACCGCCCGCUAAGCACACGACUGUAA